AACUGGCAGAUGUCAAAGAUCAGCUGUUUGGUUGUCACGAUUUGUGGUGUUUUAUUUCAAGCCUUGUUGGCUAUUUUCGUUUUGCAAUAGUGGGGAAAAUUGCAUCGUUCUCGUAAUAAACAUGUGACGAGAUGUUUCCUUACUAAAUUGCCCACUGCUGUGAGCACUAACUAGUACUGGGAGUGUUUGGGGUUUGUGAGGAAUUUCCGGUUUCCUGUGUUUGACAACGUACCAUUCCAAAGAUAGCAGCGCAAAGAUUUCCUACAUAAGUCAGCAUCCCGUGUCGAGUGUUUGGAAAACGUGCUUUACCACAGAACAACGAGAACGUUGUUCCAGGAUCGUUCUAUUUCGAAAACAAUCGAUGCUACUGUGAGUGUUCUCGUCGCACCGUCCUUCAUUUGCAAGCGAACCAUCAUGAGGAACUACGUGCCAGACAUCAUCAUUCUGUUUAUCAUAAUCGUAACGAUCACUAUCGUACGGUUAGUGUCACAAAUUCUUCAUGAAACGCUCAGCGAUGGACCGAAUCUCGUCGCACCUCCUGUUGAAGGCAGCGAACCAAAGCCCGAACUGUCCCUCAGUCAACUUAUCGAUCAGAAAUCGAAAGAGUAUUCAUGGCUUCUCCGGUUGAUGGUGAACCUAUUCGGCUACAUUUGCAUUUUUGUGCCCGGAGUGUUGAUCUACAAGUAUGCCAAGCGCACCAAGUACAUGGAACGAUCGGAACGGUCACACCUGUCAGCACUGGUCAAGUUUUGUUACUCUGGAUCCGGAGCAGAUAGUCUCGAUCGACCCCUGGAUGGACAGUCCGGUACGGCGAAAGGAGCGGCCAGUAAACGCACAACGGCCCAGGAGUGUGUGCUUCUGUGCUACUGUCUGGUAGGACUCAUGGGAUCGUACCUUACCUGGGGAGUACUGCAAGAGAAAAUUAUGACCCAGGAGUAUGAAGGGCCAGAAAAGCGCAAAUCACACUUCAAAGACUCCCAGUUUCUCGUGUUCUCGAACCGUGUGCUAGGUUUCAUGAUAACAGCCGUUUAUCUUGUGGCAAAGCGUCAGUUCCGCCACCGGGCACCACUGUACAAGUAUUCGUAUGCCUCAUUUUCCAACAUAAUGAGCGCAUGGUUCCAGUACGAGGCACUGAAGUUUGUCAACUUUCCCACACAAGUGUUGGCCAAAUCAUGCAAAAUCAUCCCGGUGAUGAUAAUGGGGAAAAUAAUUUCACGCAACAAGUACGAGUUUUACGAGUACCUGACGGCGGUCAUGAUCUCCGUCGGUAUGAUCUUCUUCCUGACCGGUUCGACGGACGAAUCGAAAUCGACCGCCAUGACGACACUGACCGGGGUGCUGCUUCUAACGUUCUACAUGAUCUUCGACAGUUUCACCUCCAACUGGCAGGGCGAGCUGUUUAAAUCGUACUCGAUGUCCUCCAUACAGAUGAUGUGCGGCGUAAACCUGUUCAGCACACUGUUCACCGGUGCAUCGCUCGCCAUGCAGGGCGGUUUCUACAGUUCGCUCGUAUUUGCCGUCGAUCAUCCGAAGUUUGUGAUCGACUGUAUCGUCCUGUCCAUUUCGUCCGCGAUCGGGCAACUUUUUAUCUUCUACACGAUCGCCACCUUCGGUGCGGUCGUGUUCACGAUCAUCAUGACACUGCGACAGGCCAUCGCGAUUCUGCUGUCCUGUCUGAUCUAUCAGCACCGCAUUUCGUUCCUCGGCGUAAUCGGUGUGCUGAUAGUGUUUCUUGCUAUCUUCCUGCGGGUGUACUGUAACCAGCGGCUAAAAGCAAUUAAGCAACGACACCAAACCACACCGAGCGGUGGCAGCAAUAAACCACGCAUUAACGUUUAGAAUAGAGAUUUCUUUACGAAGGAAAAAAACAUAACGAUGUGCUUAAGCAGCAGUUAGUGUUUGAUUUGCAUUUUACGAUUUUUUUUAUUUUAGAAACACGGACAACAUUUUAAUCUUCAUCCAACAAGAAGAAUUUUUGCGUCAGGGCUCACAGCCCUGUGCGGUAGAUUAAGAUAAGAUGUUUUAUUUAUCAGACUACAUAACGCGUUAACAGUGAGGCAAUUGCUGUAGAGAGUAGCCAUGUAACAAAGGAAAAAACAGAAAAGAUAAAGGAAUCCGUUCUGAUACGCUUGAAUGCUUGUUCUAACCAAAAAAUGUGACGAUCGAUUGAUUGUGAGUCGUGAUCAAUAUUUGUGUAGUGUUUGGAUGGUGAAUAAAAAAAAAAUCGAAAACGAAAUAAA